AUGAGCGAGCUUCACAGGCAGCGUCUCAAGGCGAAAUACAACCAGGCUCUUCAAUCCGGCCACGCGCCCAUGUCGUCUCUGAACCAUCCCAUCAUGCCCCCUCCCCUGCCGAUCCCCGAGUUCAAUGAGCUCGAUGAAGACCGCUAUGUACCAAAUACGCCGCAGGACGACGACUCAUCUUCAGCCUCGUCUGUUUCGUCGACCGGUACCGUUAUUCCUUCACCUAGCAGGGCACUGUUCGCCCGGCCCCAGCCUUUCCAGACAGGCCGUUCCUGGGACCCGGUCCCGUGGACGGCCUACUUUGAACGCGCAUUGUUUCUUCCCUCUGAUGACGGCUCCAUCACCUAUCACGCCUACUUGACCUCACCGGCGCCCCCUUCAGGCUCAUCCAAGACUCCAGGACCCCUCUUCGUCACUCACCAUGGCGCAGGUUCAUCGGGUCUCUCAUUCGCCGUCUUGGGUUCGGAAAUUCGCAAACGCCUGCCCUCCGCCGGCAUUCUCUCUCUCGAUGCCCGUGGUCAUGGGCUGACCUCCUCCUUACCCUCAUCAUCAUCAUCGGAUCCUACCACACCGCAACCCCAAGACGACACUGCCAAACAAGACCUCUCCCUAGCAACCCUCGCCCAAGAUCUUCUCUCUGUCCUCUUCCUCACCCAACGCCAGAUGCACUGGCCCUCUCUGCCGCCCAUCAUCUUCGUGGGACACUCCCUCGGCGGUGCGGUCGUGACGCACGUCGCGGCCGAGCUGAUCCCCUCGCUGCCGCGCGAGAAACAGCAGGCGAUCGACCUGCUAGGGUACGUGGUGCUGGACGUGGUAGAAGGGUCGGCGAUGGACGCGCUGCAGAGCAUGCACGCGUACUUGGCAACGCGGCCGACGGGGUUCGAUUCUGUCAGCGAGGCGAUUGAAUGGCAUGUGCGCUCGAGGACGCUGAGGAACGGGAUCAGCGCAAGGGUUAGUGUGCCGGGGUUGCUGGUUAAGAAUAGCAACGUCGCCGGCAGCAGCAGUGGCAGUAGUAGCGCCGCGCACGGUGAUGGGAGUGCACUCAGCGGAGCGAGAAGGCAGAAGGAGUGGACAUGGAGGACAGAUUUGGCCAAGACGCAGCCCUUCUGGGAGGGCUGGUUCCGUGGGUUGAGUGGGAAGUUCUUGAGGGGCAGAGGUGGCAAAAUGCUGUUGUUGGCGGGGACAGACAGACUGGAUACAGAGUUGACGAUUGGGCAGAUGCAAGGCAAAUAUGCUCUCCAGGUCUUCCCUGAGGCGGGACACUUCAUACACGAAGACUUGCCAGAAAAGACAGCCAUGGUCCUGGUUGACUUUCAUCGGCGCAACGAUCGUAGCGCGCUGGUGUUGCCGCCAAAGGUUUCUGAGCUGUUGGCUCAAGGGAAAAAGGUCUGA